AUGCCCCUGAGAGACUCUCACGAAGAGUGGACGUGGCGUGAUGUUGGACAAGUGGGUGAGCUCGUGGAUGGGGGGUUUUGCUCACAGACCGUGGGUUUGCAGGUGCUUAACGUGGAGGAGCUUGUCUGCUAUGCAAUAUGUCCGCUGAUUAGACAUGCUGUGAUUAUUGCCCAAAUGUUUACAGACGGCAGCGGCACCAUAUGCGGGGGGAGAGUUGUUAGGGAUAUUUACCUCACUUGCCUGAGAGCAUUCGAAAAGGGGCUAAAUCAAGGUUAUGCUGUGAUGCUUCACCGCUCGAUGGCAACUGUCAUCGUCAGACGCGAGAUCAAGUGA